AAUAGAGACACACAUAUGCUCCAUCCGGUUGAUAUUUUUGGGGUGCCCAAAGAUACCAAAGAUAGAGAUGACAUAUUGGAAAGUGAGUUCUUUGACACCAGACAGGCAUUCCUUAGUCUUUGCCAAGGAAAUCAUUAUCAGUAUGACACACUUCGAUGCGCCAAGCAUUCAUCAAUGAUGGUGUUGUACCACCUACACAAUCCAACUGCACCAGCAUUUGUCACUACGUGCAAUGUCUGCAGUCAUGAUAUUGAAUCUGGUCAAGGCUGGCGGUGCGAGAUUUGUCCAGAUUUUGAUGUGUGCAACUCUUGUUUCCAAAAAGGAGUGGUUACUCAUCCUCACAAGUUAACGAACCAUCCAUCAACUGCUGUCCGUGAUGCUCAAAACGCAGAAGCUCGGCAAAUGCUUCUCCAGCAGCUAAGAAAGAUGCUUGAUCUUCUGGUACAUGCGUCGACAUGUACCUGUUCCAAUGAACGCACCACCGGCCGCCAUUGUAAACGGCAAGGAAUCCCCUGCAAUGGGCAGCUCGGAGUUCUACCACUUCCACCACGCCGAAGACCUUUUCGACCACUGCUUCAGCACCAACUCACUCGUCGAGGACUUCUCCGCCAGCCUAGACGCUGCCUUCCAUAGCCCCGCGAAGAAGCCGCCGCGGUGGCGCAAGGCGUGGAGCCUCUAGGGCCUGAUCCACCGUCGCGCCGCGGGGCACAGGGACGGCGCGUCCGACGCCGCCGACCGCGCGUUCUCGAAGCCAUGGCCGGACCUGCGUGUCCGCGGGUACAACGACAGGAUGCAGCGGUGCAACAACAACGCCAGCGCGCGGAGCUCAUUCAGCAGCAACAGCGGCGGUCUGGGCAGCUCCAGGCGCAGCUACCUGGACGCCCACG